CCCACACCCACACCCACACCCACACCCACACCCACACCCACACCCACACCCACACCCUUCAUCAUCAAAAGAAUGUCCAUUGAUUCAAAAACGUAUUACAGAAGCAUGUGUCGAAUAUUGUGCAGUUGAUGUACGCCUGUUCGAAAAUGUAGCUGGUACUGGAUUUCAAAAUUUAGCUAAACAAUUAAUAUAUGCUGGAGCUACUCUUGGUACAUCUAUAAAUGUUAGUGAAUUAUUACCUCAUCCAAGUACCAUCAGUCUUAAUGUUGAACAUGUUUAUUUAAAUUUGAAGAAACAACUUAUUUCUUUAUGUGUACCAUUAGAAUGUUUUUGCAUCACGUGUGAUUUUUGGACAGCAAAAAUAACUGGUAUUCAUUAUGGUGGAAUUAGUCUUCAUUAUAUUGACGAACAAUCUCAACUUCGUGUAUUUACAUUAUCGUGUCAAGCAUAUGAUUUUGAAACGCAAGAUGCAAUUAAUUUACGUUCAUUUGUUAAUAAAGUUUUACAAGAAUAUGGUCUUUAUUUAAAUGAUGAUGUAUUUAUCGUGACUGAUAAUGAAAAUAAAAUGAAGUGCGCUUUUAAAGAUGAUUGCAAAGGUAUUGGAUGUAGUGCACAUUACUUGAAUAAGAUACUUCAACUUGCAUUCACCAAUAAUAAUGCAAAUUGCAAUUCUGCUCAAUCAUUAUUCAAAUUAGUUCGAGGUAUUAUUACUAAUAUUCGUCAAUCUCGUAAGCAAUCUCUUUUAUCAAUAUAUCUAGUAAAUUAUUCGGAUACACGCUUUAGUGGAAUAUAUUUGAUGUUUAAUUCAUUUAUGAAAGUUUAUUAUGAAUUACCACAAAUCCUCAGUGAUGAACAAAAGAGAAAUUAUUUGAAAGUUGAUCGUGAUAGUUUGGAAUCAUUAUGUAUAUAUCUGAAAAAAUUUUUUGAUGUUAUUGAAAAAUUAAGUUGUGAAAAAACACCCACCAUUCAUCUUGUUAUUCCUUAUAAACAAUUGUUAAUUAAUCUAUCAGUUAUUAAUGAUAAUGAUGAUCAAUUAAUAAUACCUGUGAAGAAAUACAUUGCCAAAGAAUUACCUGAUUAUUGGGUUGUGAAUGAUGUUCAUUUUAUUGCAACAAUGUUGCACCCAAAUUUGAAAAGUUUUAAUCAUACACCACAUCAAAGGUAUCAUGCGGAAGCAUUAUUAAAAUCAGAAUUUGACAAAUAUCAAGAACUUCAACAACAACCAUCAUCAUCAAAUAAUAACAAUAAAAGACAACAAAUCCAACAGCACAAAAAUACACAAUUAGCAUCAUCGUUAGAUGAUAUAUUUGAUUCACCAACAUCACCUGAUGAAUUAAAAGAUGAAAAACCAACAAAAACAGAAUUUGACAGAUAUAUUGAAGAUAACACCAAAAUUGAUAAAGAUAUGAAUAUAUUAAUUUAUUGGAAGAACAAUAAAUCGUCAUAUCCCACAUUAGCUAAAAUAGCUAAACGUAUUUUAUCGAUACCAGCUACUAAUACAUCAGUCGAGAGACUCUUUUCAGACAGUGGAAACACAAUAACAAAUCGUCGUACACGUUUACAAACAAGCAAAGUAAAUCAAUUAUUAUUUAUACGUCGAAAUUUAUCGGUAUUAAGAGAAUUAUUUCCACCAUCAAUUGAAGAAAUAAAAAAACGAAAAAAUAGUAACACAUCAACUACACCAAUGAAAAAACGAAAGUAUUCAACAGAAGAUGAUGAUAAGGAUUUAUCACAAGAAGAUGAUAAUAACGAUGUAUCACAAGAAGAUGAAAAUAAUGAUGUAUCGCAAGAUGAUCUUGGUAAUGUCAUUUUCGAAGUCGAUGAUGAAAAAGAAAAUAAUAUUUGUGAUGAUUAA